UGGCAUAUAUGGGUUUUUGUGGGCGAGUGUGAUGUAUGUGUGAGCAAUCCUUCCUCGAUGAAAGCGAGUGAAUUUCUAUCCACUACUUAUUUUGCAUGAUCCUCUUGUGAGCGCUAAUGAGUACCGAAGACGUUCCGCUUUAUUUUAUAAACUGUGAUGCAACUCGGGCUUUGCUGCCAACCAGCUUUGUUGCUCGUACUUCCUUAAGCUUAUGCUUCAAUACCUGAAGUUGCCAUGUGCAAAAUAAUGUGACACAGCAUUUUGAUUUUGUGCUUUUUCACGCAAAACAUAACCAUUUGCUUUUCAUCGGAGUGGAAUUACAACCCCUGAUCAACCGUAUCGUAGUUGAUCAUUUUUUGCACUUGUGUAUUGCCAGCUACAUUGCAAAUGCAAGUAUCACUGUCUAUACUGUGUGUAUAUUUUGAUGUGGGUUUCGUUGGAAUAUUGAGUGCAAGAAGGUGUUUCUGGGUACACAAACUGUAUGGGUGCUUCAUAAAUAGGUCCUGAAUGUAUUUUUGCUCAGUUGAAUAUCACUUGCUUUGAUUUUUUUCAACGUUGUUUUCAUUUCAUCCAAUGGCAAAAUAUAAAUUUGUAUUCCUAUUGUUACUAAGGACACCCUUAAAACAUAACAUCCACCCUCAUUGGACAUCUAUUACCAUGCUUAUCUAUAAGGUUAAUAAAUCAGCAAUAUAGCCCUAAUUCAUGUACUUGUAUCCAAGCAAUCUAAAGCUUCAUUUACAUGUCCUGUAUGUUUGUAAUUGCAGCAGAAAAUGAACACUUUUACAGUUUAGUUAUAAAAGAAAGAGUCAUUCUAUAUCAUCAGGUUGACCAUUUUUUAUGUAUACUUGUGCAUUGCAAUAGGAAUUCAAUGUGAACUUUUAUUUCUGGUCAUCUAACAUCAUGCAACUCAUUCCUUCAUUCCAGUUCUGCACGCUAUCUUAGGUGCUGUGACCCCCCCCCCCCCCCCUGUGCUGUUUUGGCCUGCUGCAAAAUACACUGUGCUGUGUGUUUUGCUUGAUGGAGAGCUACUGUAUCUAUGUGCAGAAGGCCUCGGCUUGACUGUAUUGGCUAGCUUUUGUGGAUGCUUCAAGCAAAGCUUUUUAGCUUUUAUGACUCAGCACACAGUUGUACAGUAUCCUUGAAACUCACAGCCCAGCCGGAAGAAAGUAUCAGUAAGGAAUCUUGUGAGUCUGCUGUGAAAGAAGAUGAACCUCAAGGAGCGGCGCUACAUGAGGAGCAGUUGGCAGUUGAAAGAGCAACAACUGAAGGUGCAGAACCCGCCUUGACUGAGUCUCCCACUCCGUCUGUGGAAGACAAGCUACUCAUUGACACCUCAGUAGAGCAAGGUGGCAAAGACACAAAGGAAUCAGAAGAGUCUCCUGAGAGAGACCUGCUAGUAGAGUUGAAAGACAAAGAAGAAAAACAACCUCUACUGACAGAGGAGUUCUCAAAUCCUAAGGAGGAAGACAAAGAGGGAGUUAUCUUACCAAGCAAAUCAGAAGACCCUAUGUAUGAAAGUGAAGAAAAACAAGACCAGACAAAUACCUUGCACCAAGACAGUGGCAGUGAUAAUAGGUUGUAUGAGGUGCAAGUGACUGACGAUCAAGAAGGGGACCAAAAACAAGAAACAGUCGAGGCAAGUCCAGAACCUGGCACAGAGUUGAAAAUGACAUCAGAUAUUUUAGUAGAACACGAGUCUGGAGUGAAGACCUAUUUUGAGACAUCCUCAAAAAGCCACACAGAGGCUCCAUCUCAAACCCAGAGCUAUUACGAAUUGAGCACAGCAGCGGAGGAAACGUUAAUUGAGCAAACUAAAAACGUUGUACAGAACGUUGAGGAACAACAGGAUAAAAAAGAGGGAACGAUUCCUGGAAAGAUGUCCCUUGAACAAAGAAGCCUCUCCCUAAACAUUACUAUCGGGUCUUCGGGGGGUCAGACAGUAAAGGAAGAGAAGUCAAGAACCUUGUGUCCAAUCAGUGGUAGCUUUGAUGAAUCUGAGGUAUCCCCUACAACACCGUCUUUGGACAGUCAACAUCCUCUUCCAGCUGUACCUAUUACCGCAACUGAAUCCCCUGAAGAUACCCCCACCAAAGAUAUACCUUUGCUUUCUGAUAAGCACAAAUGUCUUGAACAUUCAGGAAGCCUCUCUGAGAUGUUGGACCUUGCUGGAGACUUACCACGGCAAUCAUUAGAGAAGAGGGAGCUUGGCCACAUGAGGCGAAAGUCUGUACCCGCCAAUGUGUCCGCUCUGGUAGGGAGUUCUUUGGCCAAGCUUGCCAUAGGAGAUAAAACCCUGAGGGUGGUGGGAGGGGAAAGCCCACUAGAGGAACUGGGCUACUGUGUCUUCCAUGAGUACUCAGGGCCCAUGCCUUCUCCUGCUGAUUUACCCAAUCCUGGGGACCCUCCGCACCAGAGCUUCCCUUCUACAGCGACUGAAGUUGAGGAGGAACUUGGUGCCACAGAAGUUGUUCGAGAGGAAACUCAACAACAAGACCAUAAAGAAAUUAUCCCUGAGACUUCUCAAAAAACUGUGAUUGAAAAGAUAGGUUCACCAGUAAAGAGUAGCCUGAUUCUUGAAAGGGUCGUGACAAGUGGAGUCAAACCUGAUCGCCUAAGAAUCCCAAUGACUUCUUCAAAAGACAGACUGACUGAGUUUCGUUUGGAGACUGGCCUGCCUGGGGACAUACAAAACCAAGCUAUUCCCGAGGUAGACAUUGAAAAAGACCCCUCCAGAGAGGCUUCUCCCAUCCCACCAGACAGUUCCUUUACUUUCACUUCUCUGGAGACUGAGAGCAAGGUUCCUAAAACUCCCACCACCCCAAAGAACCAAGAUGAUACACCCUUGGAAACCCAAGUCGGUGAAGACAGUGCUGCUAAAGAUGUGGCUCCAGGGGUCGAAGUACAGAAGGAUCAAGAGUCAGGACUUGAUGAACUGAAAGAGAUAGGGCAAGAAUGUCCGAAACCUGAACAUGAGGAAUCAGGAGACUUUAGGGAAGAACGGGCAAACACUGACAUAUUUUCACCAACCUAUCAGUCUUCAGGAGAUAGUACAGAACAAGAUGACAAGAAGAUUGAAAGUGGGCAUGAGACAGCUACAAGAUUAGACAGUAUAGAGAUGCCAAAAGCAGAAAAAGAUGUCCAAAUCCAGUUACAGGAAGUGACUCCUGAUAAAGUCGCACCGACGCCGCAACUAUCCUCCCCAAUCAUCAUCAUACCUCAAGCACAGGUAGAGGAAGAAGCAGAUGAAGAGGAUGAUAUUGAGAUAGCUGAAGAGCCUCAAGAGGUUAUAGAGGAAGCCAGAGUGCCUGAGGGUUUUAUCAAGGUGAGUCUGACCGUAGGCGAUCAGACGGUGGAAGAAGAUCCAACCUCAGAAUGGAGUCACAGUGCACGCGAUGAGGAAGGGGACCCUGCAACCGACAGUUCGCACCUGUCCCCGUGUUCUGAUCAAGAUCUACAGCAACCGGAUGGAGGCGACGGGAUAGGGUACGAUAAAGUAGAUGAGACAAAGCUAAAAAUGGAAGGAAUGAUAGAGGUGAUUGAAGUUGUAACAGAAGACCCUUCAGGGGAGGAGCUUGUUGGGUUUGAUGGCGUAGGUGAAGAGAAAGAGAAGAAACCACUGGAGAAUGAGGGGGAGGAGAGGACGGGGGAAAUGGAGGUGAAAGAGAAGGAGAUUGAGAUCGGUCAGGAGGUGGAAGAGACCAGUCAGGCAGCUCAUGAUGAAACCACCAUGGACGUCUCCAUCCUUGAUACAGACAGUGGCUGGAUGGACUCACAAGAUGAUGACAAAAGUAUCAUGACUGAGCAAAUCGAAGACCUUCCUCAGGUCCAGAGUCUUACCAGUACACCUGUGGUGGACAGACCUGUUAAAAGGGCCCCUGGCAGAGGAAGGGGCCACCCUGGCACCUCUGAGAGUAAAGUGUCCCGCAAAGUCCCCGGCCACCAUCCACAUGGUCCGAAAGAGGAGAUGAAGAAAAAAAAAGUAGCUGCUCGGAGGGUAGAGCAGAAUAAGUUGUCAGCCCUCCAAAAUCGCUCUCCAUGUCGAAAGAAUGUUGCCAAAGUGGCAGCCAGACAUCCUAGGCCCGCUGUGCUUCACGGCUCUGCUAGACGCAAGGCCACAGGUAUGGAGAGCCAUAUGCCCCUCAGUGUUGCCCACCAGUCCAGGGAGAGGACCACUUCUCGGCAGAGGCGAUCUGAGAGAGCCUACCGCAGCCCGGAGAAGAGGUCGUCCCUCCCCAGGCCGGCUAAAUCUCUGACUCGCCACAUCCCUGCUGCGGAACAAGAAGACAGCACCCCCUCCAGGCCAACCUCGAUCCAGUCCAGAGCGGACAACAGGUCUGGAAGAGCCCAUGGUAUGGCAGGUACAGAGUCUGCACGUUCCCGAUCGGUCCGCAGCGGCGCCUCCACCCCGGGCUCCACCGCCGUCACGCCCGGCUCCCCCCCAACCUACUCCUGCCGCACCCCUGGUUCUCGCACCCCCGGCAGCCACACGCCCAAGUCCUUCAGCAUCCUCCAGGAGAAGAAGGUGGCGGUGAUCCGGACCCCGCCCAAGUCGCCGUCCUCCGUCCAACGGCAGCUGAAGGUGCUCAAUCAGCCGCUGCCUGAUCUGAAGAAUGUAAAGUCCAAGAUCGGGUCCACCUCCAACCUCAAGCACCAGCCCAAAGGGGGACAGGUCAUGAUUCCAAGUGUUAAACUGGACUUCAGCCACGUUCAGGCUAAGUGUGGCUCCCUGGCCAAAAUCCAGCACGCAGCAGGCGGCGGAAACAUCCAAAUCCAGACCAAUAAGAUCGACGUGAGCCACGUCACCGCCAAAUGUGGCUCCAUGUCCAACAUCCGCCACAGACCAGGGGGAGGUCAAGUGCGCAUCGACAAUGUGAAACUGGACUUUAAAGACAAGGCCCAUUCCAAGGUCGGCUCCCUGAGCAACACCAGCCACACACCAGGAGGCGGGAAUGUCAUGAUCGAGAGCCACAAGCUGAACUUCCGGGAACAAGCCAAAGCGCGGGUGGAUCACGGCGCAGAAAUCGUCGUCACCCACUCCCCGGGGAUGGAGACGGGAGGAAUGUCCCCCCGCCUUUCCUCCACUGGCAGCAUCAACAUGCUGGAGUCACCCCACCUCGGCACGCUGGCCCAGGAUGUCACCGCUGCCCUGGCCAAGCAGGGCUUAUGAGCGAGAUACCUCCGCUUCGGAUACCCUCCAAAAUCCACACCAUCAUUCCUCUUCCCAUCAAUCACUCCAGUGUUCUCCCAAGAUCCUUCACUGCAACACUUGACCCCACAGUUGUAGCAGAUCGCCCAUCAAUGACCCAUCCAGCCUUUGCAGCAGGAUUUAAAAAACUGAAUCCUUAGAUUAUAAUUAAUUCACACACCCGAUCAGUUUUAUUUCUCAUUUGUCACUCACGUAUGGACUUUUCUGUUUCGUUUUAAAUAAGUUGAGUGCUAAGGUUUGUCUAAGAAGGCUGUUUUAUGAUUGUACAGUGAUUUAUUUUUUUUGUCCGUGAAAAGCAUCACAUUCCACAUGUAUGGCGAUAAACGGUGGCGAGCUCAUGCAUUAUGUUCAUUCAGAACUGAUAUGGUACCGAAUGCAAGAAAUAGCUACUAGUCUUAAAGAAACGUGUGAGCGGCUUAACUUACAGAAACAUGGCUUGUAUCUGCAAACGAUUGGCUGAUUUAGCAUGUCUGCUAACAUGUGACAUGACAUUUUCCUUUGUGUGUUGGUUGGUUUUAAUCUUAUGAUUUCCGAUUUGAUUGUUGAAAAAAAACAAGUUUUUCUUUUUAUAUAAAUGUCACUGUAGUGGAAGUUUUUAUAUGUUCCCUGUGGCUGCACUGGCUUAUUAGCACUUAAAUGUGGAUAACCACUGCAGUUAUGUCGAGUCAAGCGCUGAAAGACUAGCUUUCCAAUAGGUUUUCCCUUUCUUUUCCGCAAUCAUUUGGCUGCUCUUUUCGUUCGGUUGUGAUUUUUUUUUAGGCUACAACAAUGCUGUUAUGCUGGCAUGGCAAAUACAUUCUGAUAAAUUAGAUCUAUUUGGAGCAAUCUUAAACUUUUCAGUGUGAGUGUAAAUGGCCACGAUGCAUUAUGUGUCUUUACCUUUAGAUAAAAUCCCCAAACUGUCGACUGGGUCGUACUUUUUGAAUGGGCAAACUUUGUUUGAAAAGCGGAAAAAGAAAGAAGCUUUAUAUGAUGACAUUCCAUUGAGAACAGCUAUCUUGUAACUAAGCCCAAGCGACAAAUAUAAGAAGAAUGGGAGUCACCCACAGCUGUUAGAAUUCAUUAAAAAAAAAAAGAAUACAAAAUAAAACAGUUUGAGCAUAUUUUCUGCUCACCAUUGUAAAACCUCUCUGCCUCCCUUACCCUCCUCCCCCGGUGUAAGUUACCUCCGCAGUGUGUCUCUGUGCUUCCUUUAUUCUUGCUCUCCCUCCUCCUCUGCCCCUCUUUGCCUGUGUAAGUGUAUUUAAAAUACCAUGUAGAUGUGUGCAGAUUUUCCCAUGUUUGAGAUGUACUGAUGACAAUUUCUCCUACAGGAUGAUAACAGAAAUAAAGACAUAAAAACAG